CAUCGAUGAUCAACAUCGUAGAUUUUAUAUAAUCGAAUAAUGAAUAAUCGAAAGGAAAAAACGAAUGAUUGGUUGUAACGCGUCUUUUCCAUCUUCGGCGCGACAAUCAGCGUGUGAAAUUCAUCUAUGUUCGAGGAAUCAUUGAGGAAAAGUUUGUUGACUUUCUUCGCGAUUAGAUAAUCUGGAUCCUGCUAGAAGAAAGCACAACAACAUUAGCAAUGUUAUUCGCGGUACGACGAGCAAAGUCGGCUCUUUAUUGUCACAUGAACAAAUAACACCGAAGCAGCGGUGGCAAUUGGAGCAUUUAACUUCUAAUGGGUUAUCAUCUCGUGCCCCUACCUCCCAGUGACUUUCUGACUGUCUCAAUCAACACGAGGAUUGGAGGGAGAGCGAGUAAACGUCCAAAACGAUUGGACGGUUCGUUAGCGGUCGGAUUUUUUUCAACGAGGCCGAGUUUCCGUAUAAAACAGCAGCAACUCGACUCACAGCAACCACUAGUUUCUUUAUACGAGCGAUACACGGAACCUUGUACGAGUUCAUUCAUCGAUUUCAUCUCUUUUUUUUCUUCUAAUUUGUCUUUUGGAAAGUGUUAAUUGAAACCUGACGAUUUUGUUGGUACGCAGAGAAAAGAAUGCCUUUCGCGGAUUUCGACGGUGUCAAUGGACACAAUCAUUACCAACCAGUGAAACGACCCGCGGAUAACGAGUUCUAUCACACCACCGUCAGGCAUGUGCAGCAAAGCUCGUACUCCUUCGAGGCUUUGCAAGAAUCUGCAGAAUACCUCCUGGACCGUAUCAAGAUAAGGCCAAAGAUUGGAAUAAUAUGCGGUUCCGGGAUGGGAUCAAAUGAGCAAAACGAGUUGUGUCCAGGUUCACUGGCGGAAUCCCUCGAGGACCAGCUGUGCUUUCCUUACGCCGAAAUCCCACAUUUUCCUGUCUCCACCGUCAAGGGUCACACGGGUCAGAUGGUGUUCGGUUAUCUAAAAGGUGUGCCAGUCAUGUGUAUGCAGGGCAGGUUUCAUUAUUACGAGGGUUAUCCACUGUGGAAGUGCUCAAUGCCGGUCAGAGUUAUGAAGCUGGUUGGAGUGACACAUCUGAUUGCGACAAAUGCAGCCGGCGGACUAAAUCCCAGGUACAAAGUUGGCGACAUCAUGAUGGUGAAGGAUCACGUGAACAUGAUGGGUUUUGCGGGGAAUAACCCUCUUCAAGGACCGAACGACGACAGAUUUGGACCGAGGUUUCCGCCAAUGAACAAAGCUUACAGUAUCAGACUGUUGGAAAUAGGUCAAGAAGUGGCCGAAGAGAUGGGAAUCAGCGACAUCGUGCACAAAGGGGUGUACACGUGCCUUGGGGGGCCGAAUUUCGAGACAGUGGCGGAAUUAAAAAUGUUGAGGAUGGUCGGGGUCGACGCAGUAGGGAUGUCUACCGUUCACGAGGUAAUCACUGCCAGACAUUGCGAUCUAACUGUUUUCGCGUUUAGUUUAAUCACGAAUCAGUGUGUUACGGAUUACGAUAACCACGAUGAAGCGAAUCACGAGGAAGUGAUGGACGUGGGGAAAGCGAGGCAACCGAUGCUACAGGAAUACGUGUCGCGUAUGGUGCUACGCCUGCAUGGAGGGUAUGCUACAAUUAAAGACGAAACGAUUCCAGUAAAUUGUACCUCUACCGAGCGUUCCUGAAAUUAUUCGUAUCGCGCUUGUCUCUUCGUUUACUUCCAAUGGAACAACGUGGAAGGACAAUGACAAGACGAUUCGUGUGUUCACGAACAACGACACCUGCAAUGUACAUUGUAUCGAAACCUAAACGUUUCAGCCGAACAUCGAUGCAUUAAUAAUUGAUUCAAUUUAGUCGUAGAUUGACACUCUACGAAGAUUGUGUUUAAUAUUAUGCAAAAUUAUCACUUGCAUUCUCUUUAAUUGCCUCGGGAAAGUUUUUCCAAGCGAAGAUUGAUUUAGGGCUGUUUACGAGAUCAAAUAAAAUCAGUAUUUAUCAGUAUUUCUCACCGGGGUUGAUGGGCUUUUUCUUAAUUAUACGAUCAAGAGUGGACGCGUUCAGAUUCGAAGAUGGAAAAUCGCGAACGCGUUGAAGCGCGAGUCUCUCGUUCUCGAUUGAUUCGUUACACGUCUUGAGGGACCUCGUUGGCUUUAAGAAGAGGAACGGUUUAAGGGUGGAGACGUUGGUCGAUGCCUCCCCUCUUCAACACCCUCGUCGAUUUUCCUCCCUCGCUUCGUUACCUUCAUCUCGUUUCCGUGCUCUUCCAUCGCUAAUGCAUCGGUGUUCGGCUUCGAUAAAUCUCCAACGACGAACACCAUACUGCAGCCGGAGCUUCGUCCCUCUUUUCGUUAUCCGCUGCGGUUGCUUCCUUCGUAUUAUCAUCCACGAUAAAAUUACGAUGUGACAUCGAGGAAAAAACUUUUACUCCAAAAGAGAUCCGUCUACGAUCAUCUCGAGGAUUGGAACGUGUUUCGCGUUCGAGGAUGAACGAGGGAAACGCAGGACAGACUGUAGGACGACGUCGUUAGGAUAAAGGUACUUUUCACUUCACGUUCUUGGUCCUUUCGCGAACACUCGUCGCCAUAGUACUUUCGCGAAACGUCACGAAAUCACGCCGCUACUGUGAUUUAAUAAUCAAAUGGCACACCACCAUUGUUUAAACGGUUAUUUUAUAAUUUCGUUGAAAGCUUGUUUAAUUAUGGUACGUCGAAAUGCACGCACCGUUCAAUGUAUAGCAAGGAAUAAAACUGAAUAUACACCUGGGAUUUUAACGUAAAUAAUAUUUCAUAAUGUACGUAGUCAAACAGUUAAUAAUGUUAUCAACAGUAUCCCUGUACAAAAUUUCUAUCAAACGAGACAAUACUAGUAAUUGUAAAGCAUUGUACACAGCGUUACGUAUUUUGUUAUUUUCAAUACUCGAACAAAGAAUAAAAUAUUUAUGUUAAAAUUCCAUAUGUUCGUUCAGUUUUGAAUAACUUUGCAAACUGUUCUCGUUCAAUUUCGAUCAUCGAUUCGCGUGAAAUAUUCAACGAGAAUAUUGUCACGACAUUUCAUGGCAGAUGGUAAUUGUAUGCUUCGAAACAAAACGAGAAAAUCGAUCGAAGGUACUCAGCGAGAUCACUUCUUUGUUAUCUGUUCGCCUUUGUACCAGUUUCUUUGACAAAUAUAUCGAGUACACGAAACAUACGCGCAACCUAAUUAAAUUCUCCUUUUAUAUUGACAAACGAUCGACGGGUUCACGGUUAGGAACGUUUCAAUCGGCCGACUACGAUACUCGUCGGUUCGGCUGGUUUGUUUUCGAGCAACGAACGAUGGAUAAAAAUAUUCGUCGACGUGCUCGAACGUUCACGCUCUGGUUCGUGGAUUCAUAAUUCAACGGGUCGACCUCGAUUUUCUCUGACACCGGUGACUCGGAUUCACCUGUAACGACGAUCUCUAAUCGAUUAGUCGUGCAACCCCUGUCGUUACAACGAUGCGUCCCUAAUAAGAACCGGGCUUACUAUUCCAAGGUUAAAGAUCGAAGUUUGAUGUCGAAUCAACACCUUCAGUCUGUUAAAUUAUUUUAGUACAAUAUACUGAACCACGGCGAAGCAAAUGUGCCGAAAUCCGCUUGGUAUCUGCACCUCGUCCGGUUUCGUCACGUUUACGCGCCCUCUUCAUUAUCACCACGGCUGGCACGUCUGCAAGCGUUCCGUUGAAUUGGAUUUUAAACGGUAAAUCCGUGCUCCCAACGACACGUGCCAUCUUCCGGAACAGGGUACUUGGUGAACGUCUGUACGAGAUCGUUGCAUCGUUCAAUUUGAAAGGGAUACAUCCAGGCACGUAUCGUAUGGCAUUCAAGAGAGGAAGGAGGAGUUGCAGUAUAUAUUUCCAUCGUUGGAAUAGAAAAUAUUCGAGGGAUCAGUUAUUGAUAUUUCAGUAACGGCGGAUAAAACUUUUUCCCCGUUGUCUGGCGGGUCUGUCGUAUAUCUUUUCGUUUACCGAUUCGUAGGACCGCAAUAUCGUAAUCGCGAUAUGGUAUAAUGUAUUUAGGUCUUAACUUUCGCGCGAUAGUGUUGGAAAAGAAGUUAGCGAAGGGAAAACGGUGUUUGCUAGGCGCGGUAAAAGAGGGAUGGCAUGGAAUGAAAUUCAGAGCAGACGUCUUGAUUAUUUCAGAGAAUAAGACUGAUAAGGUAAUCCGGUUUUGUAUCUUUAUAAGUUCCUCCCUUUUCACGGUCUCUGCUUUUCCAUCGUUUCACCGUAAAACGAGAUGCAUAAUGUGAUUGCGCUGCAAUAUCAGCAACGAACAAAAACCCGUAGGUACUUUCUAUGAAUUAAAAUGUACAAGGGAAGAGAGAAUAAACGAUACACUGUUAACGGA